AUGGGGCGCUUUGGGGGCCGUAAGACCCCCGGGCGGGCGUGGGACCCUUUGGGGGGUGGUCUGGGGGAGGGCGUGUCCGGAGCGCUGCGCCUCCCGCCCGCCGCCGGGGACGCGCUCGCGCUGUGGCUGGGGUCGGAGCUGCUCGAGGUGCAGCUGAAGCCGCGGCACCGACCCCUGCGCCUGGUCCGGCACUGGCCGGAGCUGCUGCUGCGCUUCAGCCUCGGCUCGCCCGCGGCCAUCGCCCAAGAUGAGCCGUGUCUGCAGCUGCGCAGGAACGUGUUCUUCCCUAAGAGCCGCGAGCUGGAGCUGCAGGAGGAGGAGCUGCUCCGGUUGCUCUAUGAGGAGGCGCGGGAGCAGUUGCAGGCGGGGCGUUAUCCCGUGGACCCUCCCGAGGCUGCCGAGCUGGGGGGGCUCAGCUGCCGCCUGCGCCUGGGGCCCUUCGAGCCCGGCCGGCACACGGAGCUCAGCCUGCGGCCGAUGCUGGGGGAGCUGCUGCCGCCAGGUCCUCCGGCCCGCUGGGGGGCGCUGUUCCGGCGCUCCCGCGAGCCGGGCCCCUCCCAGCGUCUGCUCGAGGCCUUCGCGCGUGCGCCGGGCCCCGAGGCGCCCCCUGCCGGAUUGUACCGGGACUUCCUGCGCCGCUGCCACGCCCUGCCCGGCUACGGGUGCGCCUUCUUCCCGGGAGCCAUUGAGCGGCCAUCGGGGGGGCUGCUGGGCCGGGGGGGGCUGCGCCCCGUCAGCGUUGCCGUGGGGCUCGAGGGAGUCACCAUCAUUGACCCCCGCCAGAAGCACGUGCUGCUGUCCCUGACGUACCCCGAGCUGUGCUGGGAGCUGGUGGGGGCUGUGGGGCAGGAUGGGGACCCCGCGGGGCAGGACGGGGACCCCACAGAGCCCCCCCAGCUCUGGCUCGAGUUCGAUGGAGACCACGAGGGAGCCCCCGUGAACCGACUGCUGCGCGUGUUCUCCCCACAGGCGGAGCUGAUGAGCGCCCUCAUCGAGUGCUGCAUCGAGCUGGGCGGGGCGGCCCCGCCCCCCGAGGAUCAGGCCACGCCCCCCGCCGCGCCCGCUGCGGCCACGCCCGCCGAACCGGGCGGCGCGCACGGCGCCCCCUUGCGGCGGCAGCAGAGCGUGACCCAGCCCCGCCUCCAGCGCCUCGCGACCAUCGACUACGUGCGGGAGGGGCAGGAGCUGCGGCGGGUGAAGCCCCCCCGGCGCUCGGCGUCCUUCUUCAGUCGGGGAGGGGGCGGGGGCGGCUCCUACAGCCCCCUCUAUUUUGCGACCGGGACGCGCCUGUGA